AUGACGUCCGCGUUUGUCCGCAACAUAGCGAGCCUUCCUCACCGGCAUUCCGUUGAGUCCCAAUCAGCCUUUGUAUCAGAAUUCCCUUCAUCUCCAAAGACCGCUGCAGUGCUUCCCUCUACUUCCGUGCUUGCUAGUACAGGCCCUGAUGGACGUCGGCCCAACACGGAUGCGUCUCACCCCGGCAGCUCCGGCCCUGCAUCCACUCCUCCCACGGCCGGGAGCAGCGACCUUACCCAGCAGGGGUCCUUUCUCCACCGGGAGAAGGGCCCAAUCUCGCCUGCUGUUGCCGUUAGGAGUUCUCCCGGAGAGGAAGAGGGUAUUACCAAGAAGAAUGAGUCCCUCAAAGCUGCGGUUGGGGGUAUUCACAGUCCCUUGGCUCGUGGCUCUGCGGCUUUUGAAGGAGGGCCUGGUUCUGGGGAGGUGGCGGGCGAGGUGCGAGAGCAGGCAGCUCUUCGAAGCCUCCUGGCAGAGUUCCAAGGCUCUCCGGCAGACCUUCUCGCCCUUAUGCAAAGAGACGAGGAAGCAGAAGAAGCCGAAAUUGAGGAAGGGGGUUCGGGACUGAGGAGGGUAACCUCAAGUGGAAGCGGAGGAGCGGCUCGGAUGUUUGAUGUGGAGCCAUUAUUCAGCGGUGGAAUGAUGGAAGCUCUCUUGGGAAGAAUGGAGGAGCAGAGGGCUGACGAGGACGUUUCCUCGCCUGCAAAGAAGAUGAUUCUCAGGAACAGCAGCCUUCAAGUUGGAAAGGUCCUGUCCCCCGGAUCGGAAGGACAAAGCAGGAUCUCCCAUGAUGACCCUAUGAAGACUUUGAGCACGACGCCUUUCCCUCUUCGACGAAGCGAAGAGAAGCCGCCAAAUGAGAAGGGCGGCAUCGAGCAGCAGCUCGUCACGGAAGAGCCGGCGCAGAGAGAUCCUGUCGUGGCUGACACGAUAUCUCUCAGCGGCGGGACGAAGAGGAGGCGUCUCAGCGAGCGCAAGAGGCCAGAGAACAGCACGAGCAGGUUUCGGGGCGUCACACACCACAUCAGAACGGGGCGCUGGGAGAGCCACAUCUGGAGAGUGCACCCCUGA